AUGAAGGUUGAGCUCCCAAUUAUCUACCUCAUUAACGAUGUGCAUCAUAUUGAGACGAUCUACAAUAUGAGCCAGCCAAAAUGGAUGACCCACGAGGUCUCAAAGCGACUUCGCAAUCUCACUUCCUUUGUCAACGAGUACACUUAUGGCAUUGGAGACCCAUACGUGCCGGAGUUGAUCCGUUUGAGAGGGGGACCAAUGCUCCGUACUCUCGUUGAUCUUAUGAAUCACAAGAUGGACUGUCUCAAUAGCUCCAAGCAACGAACUGAAUGCAAUUGGAUCAAACCUCUCAAAUACUAUGCUUACUCCGCGCCUGGAGGAGCCAAAGGCAGUAGCAGUGACAUUGACCGAGUUACUCCUUAG